UCAGCCACCAUGAGCGCACAGAAACCUAAUUCGGCGGAAUGGGAGGCGGAGAUGUCGAGAAGAUGGUGGCCGUUGGCCUCAUAUGGGGCGCCACAAAUGCCCUCAUGCGUCGAGGUGCGCUUAUAUGUGAUCAACAAAUUCUUAAGCAGAAAUCUUCAUCAAUCAAAACCCACAAAAGCCCAGUUGUCAAAACCCUCAUUGACUGGUUCAAUCUCCUCUUAGUUUGGCAGUACUCUGUUCCUUUCCUUGUUAAUCUAUCUGCUUCCGCUGCUUUUUUCUCAAUUCUAAGUGACACACCGAUCUCUCUUGCUGUUCCGGUCACCAAUGCGACGACGUUUGCUGCCACGGCCGUGUUUGGGAUGUUGCUCGGUGAAGAGACGCGUGUUGGGUUGACUCUUUUUGGUACUUUUUUCAUUGUUCUUGGUGUUUAUGUUUGUGUUGUUUGAUUGAAGCCACCGGAGGACAGUAGCUCUGAAAAUCCGCAGGCAUGCUGUUUUCACGUCUUCUUUGAUUCAUAUAAAUGUUCAAUCAGGAUACUCUGUAAGUUAGUUGUUCUUUCUUGUUGAUUAUCACAGUAAGAUACUAAAAUAAAUUUGGGAUUUUGAUUUUAUCAUGUAUUUAUGUGCUGUUUGUAUCAUUGCCCAUCAGGUGUUUGAUAAAAUGCUGAUAUGGCAAAAAAAUUUGGGUUUAUUUUGC